CGACGACGACGACGACACCAUCGCCGCCAGUCAAUGCCAGAGCGCGAAGCGGUCGCGUUGACAUCGGAGGUUCUGCUCUCCAAUAAUUCUCCAAUAGUAUUCCCCCGCCGGCUUCCAAACAAUAUCGAGUGAAAUGUGGACCCAAUGAGACGGCGCCCACAAAGCACAGUCAGUCGUCCGUCAACGCCGGCGUGUCAAUCACAAGUGAAUGCAAUCAAUCUCAAGACUUCCACUCGGUUCGGUGUGGAACCUGGACAAACCGCAACACUAGUAACAACACCAACAAAACCAAAAAUCCACUACAGCAGACGCUAAACACGCGCUACAGGUGUGAGCAGGUGGAACGCGAAAAGGUGACCGGCCGACGGGAAUGGGGAUCGGCGGCACACCUUGGUCGGCACCACACUCACUCCGAUAAGAAGAUAAUUAAACUGUAAUACAUUUCGAUGUCCGAUGUGCCAUUUCGCUUUGGUCGGUGUUAAUUAGGCCUUCACACACUUAAGUGUGCCACUUGAGAUGUGUCCCGGAGUACAUGUAUAAGCCCCUUAAGCUCUUCCUUAUCGCCAGCCGGAUUCGGCCAACGGAGUAGACAAAAGUAACAAGUGAUCUCAGAGAUAACAGAGUAGCUGCGGGUGCGGUACCUAGAUCGGACUCGAACUCGGAAUCACCAGCGAUAACGGUGGCAAAAGAAUCAGCAGCAACAUCUCCCCACAAGCAGCAACAGGUUUCCCAGCCGGGAAACAGCGACGCCGGCAGAAAAAGCAAAGCAAAUGCAGCAACUGCCACAGCAGCAUAUUCAUAAAUAAUCUUUGGUCGCAGAAACAUCGGCGGAUCAACUCUACAACUACAAAAGGAAGUCGGUCUUGUGACUUCGUCGUGGUGCAGGCCAGAGACUGUACGGAUAAUUGAAUUUAAUGUACAAAUAAGCUUCAGGAAUUUGCUUUUAUAAACCCAUACUGCAUGCACGAGUGGCGAAUGCAAUUCCCCAGCUUGCAUUGUUUGCCAUUACCGAGAUACAAUAUUUCACUUCCGAGUCGCACAUCACUCCCGCCUGCCAGAUGAAGUCAUCCAGAAACGGGGGCCAGACCCUCUUAAUCGCUCCAUCGCCCACAGCCCGCCUGAUGCCAUUGCGCACGUACUCCAAUGCCUCCUCACUGGGCCACCACAAUGACAGGACUCCCGGGACUCCAGGAAGUCCGCUGCACGAAGGCGAUCUGGAGGAAAGUGGCUUGGGCUACACCCAUACUUUGAUGUAUGGUCGUUAUACCAAAGAUCUAGGAGAAUUUGCCAAAGAUGAAGCCAGAAAGCUCAAAAUACUUGAAAAGCGACGAAAGCAGGAAGAUAAACAAAGGAAUAAGGAACUACUAGGAAAACAAUCUACCAGAGUCAAGCGGGUCUCAUCAUGGGUCUGGAAGCACACGAUAGCCCGACUGGGCGAGGACUGGGUCUUCCUGGCGCUCCUGGGCAUCAUAAUGGCCAUGCUGUCGUUCAUCAUGGACAAGGGCAUCUCCAUCUGUACAAACGCUCGUAUUUGGCUGUACCGCGAUCUGACGUCACAGCCAUUCGUUCAGUACAUUGCGUGGGUCUCCCUGCCGGUCUGUCUCAUAUUAUUUUCAGCCGGCUUUGUCCAUCUCAUCGCUCCACAAAGUAUAGGUUCCGGUAUACCCGAAAUGAAGACCAUACUGCGAGGCGUGCAGUUGAAAGAGUAUCUCACAUUUAAGACAUUAGUGGCCAAGGUAAUUGGUUUAACGGCAACUCUGGGCAGCGGUAUGCCAUUAGGAAAGGAAGGUCCUUUCGUACAUAUAGCAAGUAUUGUAGCACAAUUAUUAAGUAAACUUGUCACAUCAUUCCAAGGCAUAUAUGAGAAUGAGUCGCGAAACUCUGAAAUGUUGGCCGCAGCCUGUGCAGUGGGCGUGGGCGCCUGUUUUGCCGCCCCAGUCGGUGGUGUUCUUUUUAGCAUAGAGGUAACCACAACGUAUUUUGCGGUAAGAAACUAUUGGCGUGGCUUCUUUGCCGCAGUUUGUGGCGCCACAGUUUUCCGACUCUUGGCCGUGUGGUUUCAAAACGCCGAUACUGUGAGGGCUCUGUUCCUCACGAACUUUACCACCGAAUUCCCAUUCGAUCCCCAGGAGCUUUUCGUUUUCGCUCUGAUUGGACUUGUAUGCGGUUUGGGUGGUGCCUCAUAUGUGUGGGUCCAUCGAAGAUAUGUCCUCUUCAUGCGCUCCAAUAAGCGAAUGAACAAGUUCCUACAAAAGAAUCGCUUUUUGUACCCCGGAUUCCUAGCUCUGCUGGUCUCCAGCAUUUCAUUUCCACUGGGCACUGGUCAGUUUCUGGCCGGAGAACUCAGCACUCACGAGCAGGUGACACAGCUCUUUAGUAAUUUCACUUGGUCCCGCGAUGAUCUGACCGUGGAGCAGGCUGCUGUGGUGACCCACUGGAUGACUGGAUACACCAGUGUCUUUGGAAAUCUAGUCAUUUAUACCCUUUUCACCUUUGUUUUCUCCAUUAUUGCCUCCACGAUACCCGUACCCUCGGGAAUGUUUAUUCCGGUGUUCAAGAUAGGCGCCGGAUUCGGUCGACUGGUGGGAGAAUUCAUGGCCGUCACUUUUCCGCAUGGAGUCCGCUACGGUGGACGGCUGUCGCCCAUUAUGCCCGGCGGCUAUGCUGUCGUUGGAGCAGCAGCGUUCUCCGGAUCCGUGACUCACACCGUGUCCGUGGCCGUGAUCAUCUUCGAGAUGACGGGACAGAUCACUCACGUUGUUCCGGUGAUGAUUGCCGUGCUGGUGGCCAAUGCCGUGGCAGCCCUGUUGCAACCGUCGAUCUACGACAGUAUUAUAUUGAUUAAGAAGCUUCCAUAUCUGCCGGAUCUUCUGCCCUCUAGCUCUGGAAUGUACAGCAUAUUCGUGGAGGACUUCAUGGUGCGCGAUGUGAAGUACAUUUGGAAGGGCAUCUGCUAUCAGAAGCUAAAGGAAAUCCUCAAGGCGAACAAGACGUUGAGGUCGUUGCCGUUGGUGGAUAGUCCGGAGAAUAUGAUCCUACUGGGUUCUGUGCAGAGGUAUGAACUAAUAAAAAUGAUCGAAAAGCACAUUGGUCGCGAGAAGCGAAUGGAGGUGGCUCAAAAGUGGCAAAAGGAGGCUGAGGAGCGAGCCCUGGAGGAGGAGAAAAAGAAACAGGAGGUGGAACUUAAGAUGAGACGCCCGUCACGCUUCGAGGUCCUUCCGGCUCCGGAUAUUCUGAGUCUACGGCAGAUCGCCAACGAUGAAAUGUUGCCGCCCAAGAAGAGGGCAGAGACCCUGCACAGUUCCCUGGCGCCCAGAAAGUCCAUCCUUAAAAAGACCAACUCCUUCAACCUAAAGACCUACGGCCAACCCCUCGCCCACAGCCCAAGCAUCACGCCCUACACCACGAUCACCGGAAACUCCGAAUUCCGCAUCCGGUCUGCCUUCGAGGCCAUCUUUAAGAAGUCAACCACCCUCCAGGAUGUCCAGCCGGAUCCGGAAACGGGUUCCCUGUCUCCGGCAGCUAGUAACAACGAAGUGGGGGUUCAGCGAACUCCCAGCACCCCAGGUGUUUCCAAAAAGGUUCAGCUGCAAGCACAAAAUAAUUGGGAUUUUGUAACCGAUCAAAUUAUGCUGCAAGUAAACCCAAUUCCCAUGGAACAAGUUAAACCAGCACCAUCGCCGGACGAGGAGGAUAGCUCAGAAGAGCAAGUUAGAAAUAAUGAGGAUUCUGGAGAUAGUCCAAGACAAAUUCAAGAUCAGUCCAGCAUUAAAUUCAAAACCAAUAAAGUUUCAGAUGUCAAUAGAUCUCCGCAUUUGAGACCUGGAGAGCGUCCAAAAAGAUGUUCAAAAAUAAGGUUUUCUAAUGGAGGGAAUAAUUCGCCUUCCCAUAAUAAAAGUGAGGCUAACGAAAUGGGCUAUAUUGUAGAAGAUAUUGAUGAAACCAUAGGUCCAGAAAACAAGGGAGAGAGCCUUCAAAGAACAAAGUCGGUGCAGUUGCCCCGAGAGCGUGUAAUCGACAUGUCCCCAGAGGAUCAGAAGCAAUGGGAGCUCGAGGAGAUGUUGAAGCCAAUUGAUCUGCAAAAGGCCAAUGUCCAUAUCGAUCCAUCGCCGUUCCAGCUGGUGGAACGCACCUCAAUACUCAAAGUUCAUUCACUGUUCUCCAUGGUUGGCAUAAAUCAUGCCUAUGUCACCAAAAUUGGAAGGCUUGUAGGAGUUGUGGGCUUGAAAGAAUUGCGCAAGGCCAUUGAGGACAUAAACAGCAACAAUUUUGUAGCCCCCACCCGCGAUGAAGAUGCAGAAGAUAAGCCCGCUGUGGAGAAGCCACUACUACCAUCAAACACAAGUGAUAAGGCCGUGGACAUGACAGUCACGUCGAUGGACUCGGCGCUAUCCAACUCCGAAAACUGUUCGGACAUCGAAAUGGAGCACAUAAAGCACACGGAUAAGGACGCAAUAACGCUCACCAUCCCGCCGCAGGACUCGUGCCAAAACCCACCGGCGGACACAAAUACCACAUCCACAGAUAACGGCAAUCAUUGAGCUUGAAACGAGAUGGUCGACUAUCAUAGUAGAUAAUACGAUGCGUAUACGUAAUAUGUUUGUAAAGAUCAACUAAAAAACCUUACCAUAAGUUACGCCUUACACGAGUUAGUCAUCAAUGUUAUUAUGUAUUUAUAUCUCGUUAGUUUCUAAUGUCAAAGAUAUCGUGAUUUAUAUAUUAAGCUGAAAGAAAGUUAAGUCCCCAACGAAAA